CCCGUGCGCACGUUGAACGCCGGCAGGGUUCACGACAUGACUUCACCUUCCGAUCUUCGAUCAACCGCUGCUGCACAACCAUACCGUCGGCGCCUGUGGAAGCGGGCGCACAGAUCCACGUCGCACCGGUGACAAACGCGACAUCUACGCGCCGCAGGGGACACAAGAUGUACAUCGCGUCUGUCCUUACAGCACCAGGACCCCAGUGCCACCCACGCCGAGAAUGGACAAUCAGGAUAAUAGCCCGGUAGAGAUGGAGCAUGAGGACGUCGAUGCGGAGACUCCCUCAAUCCCAGCUUCUGGAAGCUCGACACCUCUAACCAGCAAGGACCAGGAGAAGGUCACUCGCAUUCUGGCUGCAUGUCGUGAACAUGAUCUCGAUGCCCUGUCCGAGCUGGCCUCAUCCCCAGGAGGCUUCAUCGAAGAUGAAGUGAGGCGAACUGCCUGGCCGGUGUUACUCGGAAGCCACGACGACACCAAUAGCAUACCCGACUGGCACGAUUUACCGCGUCACCGUGAAGAGGGUCAAGUGCAGUUGGACGUAGAUCGCUCAUUCAUCUACUACCCAGAUAAUGAGUCCGAUAAGCAAAAAGACCAACGCAGACACGAGCUCUCGGAUGUCAUCACGGCAGUCCUCCGAAGACACCCCGUACUCUGUUACUUCCAGGGCUACCACGAUAUCGUGCAGGUUCUCCUCCUGGUCUUGGGCGCCGACGCAGCGGAACCGGCGGCUGCGCGGCUCUCGCUCCUUCGCAUCCGCGACUUCAUGCUGCCGACCAUGUCAGCUUCGCAAUCACAUCUUCAACUCCUCCCCGCCAUCUUAUAUGUCGCAGAUCGGGAAUUGUAUCAGCAUUUGUCGAGUGCCUAUCAUCCUGCUCCGUUCUUUGCUCUCGCUGCGACAUUAACACUAUACGCGCACGACAUCGAAGGCUAUGGAGACAUUGUGCGACUGUUCGACUAUCUGCUGGCGAGUGGAGCAGUCGUCCCGGUAUAUUUGUUUGCAGCAAUCGUCAUGACACGAAAGAAAGAAUUACUGGAUAUUGAGCACGAUGAGCCGGAAAUGCUCCACUCCAUUCUCUCCAAAUUACCCAAACCACUGGAUCUCGAGGGCUUGAUCUCCAAGACACGAACACUCUUCAAACGAUACCCGCCCGAGCGUCUCCCAAACCGAGCUUGGAGCCGCGUGAGCUCAUAUUCAGUCCUCAAAACGACCCGCAACCCCCAAGCGCUGGCCGCACAAACGCUGGCGGAAGGCGAACAGCUCUAUGAAAAACAUGCGGCAGAAAUACGCAGGCACGACAUGCUGGUCAAGCUUCAACAGCGCACAUAUGCAUUGGGUCGCAAGUACCGACGCCCAGCCAGAUGGGCCGGAGCUGCGAUUGCCGUUGCUGUGCUAGCAUUAUACAUGCGCCGCGCAGACGGUGCGGUACGCAUUGUCGAAAUGCUUGGUCGUUUGGGCGACACUGCGUGGCGCUUUGUGGGGUCUUUGGCACCAUGAUGAUGUGCAGCAAUGUGCGCUCCACAUAUUUCAAUAUUCGCAUCGGGCAGCGAAGCAUCAAGCAACAAUUAGAUCUUCCCAUCACGCGUGGGAUUCACCGACAUUCAGUCCUGUGCCUCCAGAAAGUCCACACUACAAGGUCCUCGAUGAAUAUGGGCGAAGAGUUUCAGCAGUUGCGGGCUCCUCAGCAUUCAGGCAGGUUUUUAUUACAGCAGAGGCCUCGACGGAUGGCUUCUGUGCCUAUUUCUUCUGAUCCAAGCCGAGCUGGGAUCUCUCUCAAAUCGAGACGUGACGAGCCCUCGAGGAACGUUGACUGGUCGAAAUGGCGGGAAGUCUCGGUCGCCUCAUCCAGCGAAGAGUCACGCCUACAAUACCGAAAUCUUUUUGGAAACAUAUCAGCGAUUAUAGCUCCAUCUCAAGCGCU